UUUACGAUAAUUUAACUUUUUAUUCCAAUAUUAAUUAGUGUGCACAUAAUUUUAGUAAACUUUUACUAUUUACCUUUAACUGAUAAAAAUGGCAGAGGACGAGGUGCUUUUCGACGACGUGUAUGAACUUUGCGAAAUUAUUGGGAAAGGGCCAUUUAGUCUUGUCCGCCGCUGUGUUCACCGACAGACUGGACAACAGUUUGCUGUGAAAAUUGUGGAUGUUGCACGGUUCACAGCAAGUCCUGGAUUGAGCACUGCUGAUUUGAAACGUGAGGCAACAAUAUGUCACAUGUUGAAACAUCCUCACAUUGUGGAGUUGCUGGAGACCUACAGCUCGGAGGGGAUGCUGUAUAUGGUGUUUGAGUAUAUGGAUGGGUCCGACUUAUGCUUUGAAGUAGUACGACGGGCCACAGCUGGCUUUGUCUACAGUGAAGCAGUAGCAUGCCAUUACAUGCGUCAAAUAUUAGAGGCUCUUCGCUACUGCCACGAGAACGACAUCGUUCACCGAGACGUGCGCCCCCAUUGCGUUUUGCUCGCCGGCCGUGACAACUGUGCUCCGGUCAAGCUUGGGGGCUUCGGAGUGGCUGCCCAACUGCCCACGCCCACAGCCCAUAGAGCCCCACCAGAACUGGUGAUGGACAAUCGACCUCUAGUGGGUCCUAUGGGCCAAGCGUAUCUCAAAUCAGAUGAGUAUGGUCGUAUCGGCACUCCACACUACAUGGCUCCGGAAGUAGUAUCGAGCCAAUUGUAUGGGAAGCCGGUAGACGUAUGGGCCGCUGGGAUUCUUUUGCAUGUACUCCUCGUGGGCUAUUUGCCCUUUACUGGAACGAGGGAAAGACUUUUCGAGGCUAUUUGUCGUGGCCGAUUACAUUUUGAUGCACCUCUAUGGGAGGAUAUCAGCGACGCAGCGAAAGAUCUUGUGCAAAGAAUGUUGACGGUGGAUCACACGCAGAGGAUUAACAUUCAAGAAGUUCUUAACCACCGAUGGAUUAGGGAUCGCGACAAGCAGAACAGAAUCCACUUAUCGAAUACAGUGGAGGAGUUGAAGAAGUUCAACAGCCGGCGGCGUCUUCGUGCUGCGACCCUCGCGGCUGCCUCUGUUGAUGAUGAAGAGGAAGAUGAACAGCCACCUCGGCGUCUAGUGCUUAUGGAGGAGGCCAAUGCUGCUGCUGUGAAUCUCAUCGUUGAGUCUUUGGACGAUGUGGCCGUACUCCAAGAUGGUCCCGGUUUCAUGGACCCUGACCUUUUCCACAGUGUACUCGAUGAUCUGCAAUUAAGAUCUCUCUUAGAGGUUUACGACCGCAUAGCCUGUACGGUCGUGGUAACGAGCGGUCGUGCCCCGGCGGCUGAGGGCCGCUCCCGGGCCCGGGCGGCCCUCGAAGCGGCGGCCCGGCUCCGGUCCGGUUCCACACCGGGUGCCGCAGCGCCCACCACCGCGACGGCCAUACACGAUCUGCGCCGGGUGCUGGCUGUACCGCAUGUCAAGGUCAGUGCUUAG